AUGAUGACUAAAUCCCCACAAAACAUUGGUAUCAAAGGUAUCGAAGUAUACAUUCCUGGUCAAGCAGUCAAUCAAGCUGAAUUGGAAAAAUUUGAUGGUAUUCCACAAGGUAAAUACACCAUUGGAUUAGGACAAACCAAUAUGGCAUUUGUCAAUGAUACUGAAGAUAUCUACUCCAUCAGUUUAACCGUUUUGUCUAACUUGCUUUCCCACUAUUCCAUCAACCCUGACCAUGUUGGUAGAUUAGAAGUUGGUACUGAAACUUUAUUGGAUAAAUCCAAGUCAGUUAAGUCAGUCUUGAUGCAAUUAUUUGGUGACAACUCUGAUAUUGAAGGGGUUGACACUGUCAAUGCAUGCUAUGGUGGUACUUCAGCCGUGAUCAACGCCAUUAAUUGGAUUGAAAGUUCCAGUUGGGAUGGUAGAGAUGCCAUUGUUGUUGCAGGAGAUAUUGCCAUUUACGACAAGGGUGCUGCUAGACCAACAGGUGGAGUUGGUGCUGUUGCCUUGUGGAUUGGUCCUGAUGCUCCUAUUGUUUUCGAUUCAAUUAGAGGUUCAUUUAUGGAGCAUGCUUAUGAUUUUUAUAAACCUGACUUCACUAGUGAAUACCCAACUGUUGAUGGACACUUUUCCUUGAGCUGUUAUGUUAAGGCCAUUGAUAAUUGUUACAAAAGCUACUCUCGCAAAGUUACUGGUGAUAAAAAUAAGACAGUGGGUUUAUUUGAUCAUUUCGAUUACAAUGCAUUCCAUGUCCCAACUUGUAAAUUAGUCACCAAGAGUUAUGCCAGAUUGUUGUAUAAUGACUACAAAUCCAAUCCACAAAAGUUUGCUGAUUUAAUUGAUGAGCAAACAAGACAACACAUCGAUGCAUUAUCUUAUCAAGAUUCAUUGACUGAUAAAGUCUUGGAAAAGACGUUUGUCAACUUGGCCAAAGAACAAACCAAGGCCCGUGUUGACCCAGCAUUGAAAGUGCCUACAAAUACUGGAAACAUGUAUACCGCAUCAGCCUGGGUUUCCCUUGCAUCAGCCAUCUACUACACUGCAACCAAAGGCGAUGGUGCAUCCAGUUUAUUAAACAAAAGAAUUGGUAUCUUCUCCUAUGGAUCAGGCUUAGCCUCAACUUUGUUAUCGGUGGUAAUAAAGGGAGACGUGUCGCCAAUUAUCAAGGUAUUAAAUUUCGACUACAAAUUAGGCGAAGGACGUAAAAUUGCAUCUCCACAAGCUUAUGUUGAUGCAAUUGGUCUUAGAGAAGAUGCUCAUUUGCAAAAGAAUUUUAAACCUAAAGGAUCCAUUGAAAAUUUACCUGCUGGAACUUAUUAUUUAUUGGAAGUUGAUGAUAAAUAUAGAAGAAAAUAUGGUAUAAAAGAAUAA